GUUCACAGUGAUGGCGACGAGGUCGAUGAGUUGAGUCUUUCGGAGGCGGAAGGCGACCCCAGCAUGAAUGCGAGCGCCCUGCAAGAAGCCUGGCACUUGGAGGACGAGCUUCGCGAGGCCAAGGAAGAGCUGAGGCAGCUGCGCCUACGCUGCGAUCAUGGCUUGGUCGAGCGGAAGCCCAUGCAGGCCUACUGGACCUCGCCGGCUGCCACCCGCCCACCUGAAAUCCACGGGCCCACUCAGGAGCCAUUCAACCUGAACCCGCCAUCGAUGGCGAAGAAGCACCAUGACUCGUUGCUGCAGGCUGCACAAAGUUUGGUCUCUUCCACGCACGCCCCCGACUGCACAGCCCUUUCCGAACGCCUGGUUGCGGAAAACCGCCGCCUGGAGUCUGAGAUGCACGAGCUCCAGGAAUUUCUCGAGGCCCAGCCGCUGAACUCCGGUGGAAACUGGGACCCGCGGCUGCCGCUGGCUGGUGCCGUGCACGAGUCACAAAGCAAGCUGCGGAGCUCCAUGCAGCAGCAGAUGCAAAACUCGCAGGAUGCUCUGCAACAUCUGCGCCAGGGCAUUGCCGAGGCCGAAGCUCAGCUCCAAGCAGAGCGAAGGAAGCGCCGCGCCUGUGCUCGGGAGCUGCAAAGGGCGCAGGAAGAGAAAAGGAACCAUAUAGCAUCGCAAAGUCUGCAACAAGAGCUGAAGUUCAAGGGUAGCAUGCAGAAGCAAGCCAAGGUCAUGCUUGAGCUAUUCAAGCUCCUCUUGGGCAAGGGCACAGAGGGCUUCCGCACCCGGCAGGUUGGUCUCGCCGUCAACACCUACACCUCUUUUGAAGCCCAGGAGCCAAAGACGUUUGCUUCGGGCGUGGAGAAGAAGGUGCCGCGGGCAGAAGAUCUCCCACCGGAUGCUUUCGAUUCAGCCGGCAAGAUCAAGGCUGAGUAUGUCGUGGAAGAGGCUUAUGCCUCCUAUCCCGAAAAGCACAGCGUGUGGGAUAAAAUCGUGGUGCCCACCGGCACGAUGACUUUAGAGGCCUUCAAAGGAUGGCUGGCCUCAGAGCACAAGCUCCAGCUUCGGACGUGGAGCUUCGUCCUCGGCUGGAAGAAGGUCGUGGACGAGGAGAACAAGGAGAUGCGGGUGCCCGUCUCCUGCCAGAUCUACCCUCCCCCUGUCUCGGUGGACGCAGCUUUGCUGCCACCACUGACGGACGCGCAGGGAGAUGCCAUGAAGAAGAUCAUGGGUUCAGCGCAGAUCCCACAGGCACAGAAGAUGAAGUACCUCGGCGAGUGGAAGAAGGCCAAGGAGACCGGCAAGAUGCCCAGCUCCUCCGGCCAGGAAAUCCGAGGCGACAUGUCCCUCAAGGACAUCCUGGCACUCAUGGAAGUGCGCGCUGAAAAGGCGCUUCAGGACGGCUCCCUAAACCCCAAGUGGGGGAAGGCCAUCUCAGACUUGAAGGGCAGAAGGUUCUGGGUCAUUCCCACCGAUCAGACGCCCGACUGCGCUGCCAUGUCAGCUUCAGGCGAGACUCUGGACGUCCGGUAUAUGGCCAGACUUGAGGUGCGAGACAAGGUGAUGCAGCUUUGCGAGGCCGAAGGUGUUCAUCUGGACAGCGAUUACUUCACAAAUCGCACCCCAGAGGACGGCUCGUCAGAGUUGGAGAAGGGCCGGCCCGGACCUAACAUCUGUGGCUUAUCUCAUGGCUGCGAGCCGUUAGUCGCUGGGGCCCCUGCCAUGAUUCCGAGCAACUGUGACGAAGCUCAGAGUCCGCGCCUGGUCAUGCUGGAGGAGUUUGGCCUGACUGCAGAAUACAUUGCAACGGCAGCAGCAGAGGGCCGCCUCUGUGUAGGAGGCCGUCCUGCCGAAACCGAGAUGAGCCUCGAGAAUGGCGAUGUGGUGACCCACACCUACAUGAUGAAGGAGCCCUCAAUCCCUGCAGAGGCCGUGCAGGUGUUGGCAGAGAAUGCCUCUGCCCUGGUGGUGCGGAAGCCUGCGGGAAUCCCUUGCCACCCUCAGGGGAAGUACCAGCAGUGCUCCCUCACAGAGAUCUUGCGUGUGUCCCAUUUGAAGGACACCACUGGCUACCUGCACCCUGUUAACCGGUUGGACAGGCAGACAUCAGGCAUCGUGCUCCUGGCAAAGACGCGAAAGGCAUACAUGGCCUUGGCUCAGGAGCAUGGCGCCGGUUUGCGGAAGCUUUAUGUCGCGGGCGUUUGCGGCAGCUUCGAUGCCUCGGUAGCCAUCGAGCGGUGGCCGCAGUGGGUGGAGCGCCGAACCACCGCGAAGGGCGACGAAGAGGUGGUUUGCCGCUUGCCGUUGCGGGUGGAGAAGCACCGGCCCAAUCAGCCACUCACUGUGGUGGUGGACACCACAGGAGCCGGCAAAGCUGCCGAGACGAUGAUACGGCAGCGAGGUGAGAGCCUUCUCUGCCGCCUGGAGACAGGGCGGACCCACCAGAUCCGUGUCCAUCUUGCGGCCAUGGGCUUUCCGAUUCUGGGUGACCCGGUCUAUGGCACCACCACGGAGCAUGAGGAUGUGAUGCAACUCCAUGCCUCGGUGUACUCGGUGAAGCUGGACCGGAGCCUGGAUACCGGAAAGGCUUCGGAAGAGGCUUUUGUGCGUCGUAGUGUUCUGAAAGGGGCCCGCGAUGAGCACGAGAGGUGUGUGGAAUCCAAGAUGCAUGCUGGAAGCCGUUUCGUUUGCGGCUCUGCAGAAAAUGUAGAGGAGAGGCUUUUUCCGAUGCUUCGUUCCCUUGUGGCUGCCUUGUUUCUGGCCUCUUCGGCUCAGGCGGCCAAAUCCCUUCGCGAACGGCUGCAUGGGAGUUCGCCGUGCCAGUGUCAAGCGGACACUUCUGCGGUAGCCAGGCCCAGUCGCACGAAGCCGAAGUGCAUCUUCAUCGAUCUCGGGGCUGCGGAUGGCAACAGUUACAACGCCUUCCUUCGAGGCGAAUAUGGUCAGAUUAAGGACUGCCCGAACCAGGAGUAUGAGGCGUAUCUGGUGGAGGCAAACCCCUUCUUCCAGAAGGAGCUGAAGAACAAGGCCGCGAAGUCCGCACCCGGAAAGGAGAUUUUCCCCAUGAUGAAUGGCGCCUGGAUGUGCGAGGCUGACACCACCUUCCACGUCGUAGGCAAAGCAUCAGCUGCAUCAUCCCUCGCUCCACAAGGCAAUGCGAAUGAUGUACAAGUGCAUUUGAUCAACGUUAUUUCUCUCAUCAAGUCCAAGACGAUCCCGGGAGACAAAGUGCUGCUGAAAGUUGACAUUGAGGGCGCCGAGUUUGAUCUCAUCCCUUGCCUGGCACGCUCGGAUGUCCUAAGCCACGACAUGACUGCCUUUGUGGAGGAGCACUAUUUCCUCGGUGGUGUGAAGCGCAGCCUCACCGGUGUCACGGAUAAGGAGUAUAAAGAUGCCAAGCAGGUAAUGAUGUCCAAGGGUGUGAAGAUGCCUACAUACUCUUCCAUCACCCUUCUGGAUAAAGGCGAGUGA